UUACAAACCACUGAGAGUUGGGCCAAGUUGACCAUUUUGUUUCCUAGUCCAUCCUGGCAAUCCUGAAUGGUGGUGAUACAAGCUAGGAUAACCAAAACAGGGUCUGCUCAAAACCGUGUUCAAGCUAACUGGUUUCCCACUUUGCUCGUGCUCGUCCCUCGCCCGUCAUCACGGUUGGUCCAGAAAGAUGUUAUGCACCCCGGACGAUAGCCCGCACGCGCCGUCCGUUUUGGCUCCGUCUUCGGCGAGUUCAAGCGCUUCAGCCGCCGUGCCCGCGCCCGCACAGCGAAUGAUGAGUUUCGCGGGCUUUCAAGCUUAUUUGUGCACAGUGGCCCGGUUAUGUCGCGAAACGGAGAAGUAUACGGAUGUGCGGGUUGAAUGCUCGGAUGGGGUGUUGCACGCCCAUCGUUUAGUCCUGGGUUCGGCCUCGCCGUUCCUGCGGGCUUUGUUUCUGGACCAUCCUCCGGGAUUGGAUGUCCAUUUGAUGAUCCCCACCAUGCGGAAAGCCGUGGUGGCCACUUUACUCGAGUUCUUGUACACAGGCAAGAUGGUUUUGGCCCGCAGCCACACCCACGACUUGCAACAAUUGGUUCAUAUCUUGCAAAUUGAUCCGGAAAAUGUACGCAUCGAUACGCCUUCCCCCGACCCCAAAGAGACCAAAUUAGUUCAAGCCAAGAUCACAGCUAUCAAAGGCGGCGUGCGGGUCGUCCCACCUGCCCCUCCACCGCCCACGACCCGCAGUGAAAGCAGCGGUGGGACGAGUGCGGCUCUCGGUUCAACCGAGACGAGCGGUCGCCCGCAACGGACCACCACAAAGCGAAAAAUAUCCAACGAUCCCACCCCCACCGCCGACCACGCCCUGCCCAAAGUGAAAGAACUGAAGAUAAUAUUACCCCAUCCGAAUAGUUUGAUGCAAAGUUUAAAGAAAACCUCCUCCAACCCGGCCACCAAUAAUGGAAAGACUCUACGGCGUCGAAGUACCCGCCGAAGGCCCGCCCAAGCACCCCCUACCUCGACUGAUUUGCCCAUGGACGCCAAGGACACCACCCUAGACUCCACUCCUACCGGAUUUCACGACAUGAGCAAUGUUCACACGUGGGUGUGUGCGUUAUGCAGUCAAUUUGACCCGGUUCUGCCGCCCGGCGUGGAAUCUGGACCCUCUUCCGAGACCGAGUGGGUCGGGUGCGACUGCGAUAGGUGGUACCACAAAUACUGCACCCACUUACCUUCCAUUGACGACAGCUUUGAGUGCAGUCAAGUCAACCUCACCUGUCUUCCUAUGAAAGAGACUUGAGACACGCUCUUGAGAACCACAAUCUGCCCUAUUAGAUCUCAAAGCCCAAAAGUCCCUUUUUAUGGCCCCCAUAAGACAGUUCAAAUCUAUUAAAGUGAGUAAUCCAUCCAUCCAUUA